GACUUUUGAGAUGGCGCGCAGGUAGCGCAUAAAAUCAGUAUGGCCGCUUCCUUUCCAAUGGACUGUCAGCCAAACGAGUAGGUCGGCUUGGGCUUCGAUGAUGACAUUAUGGUUUCUGUUGAGAAUACGGGAAGCAGCUGCGUCAGCGCCAUAAUAUGGUCCUUUAUGCUGGCGCUCACGUAUGUCGGCAGUCUGUAUAUCUGGAGGACAAGGGAUCACAGGGAUCACCCGGCCACCAUAAAGAAAAGGUUCAUCAGCGUAUUCGCCAUAAUAUGCAUAUCCCCUCUCUUUGUGGUUUUCGGCGCCGAUCUUGGUCAUUUCAAGAAGAAUGCCAGCGUGCCUGCCGUCAUGGGUCUUCGCUUUGCUGGGCUGCUACAAGCCAUUGUCCUGCCCCUAGCUCUUACAAUGGUGCUUUUUGCGGGCCCCCUUGUACUGCACUACUUUGAUGGAGUCUGGAGUCUUUACAUGGAGCCACGCUACUGGUACUUGAAUCUUAGGAACCUCAUCUGGCUUAGGAACCAUAUUGUGGCACCAUUGUCAGAAGAGUUUACAUUUCGUGCCUGCAUGCUUCCCAUUCUGGUGCCUUGCUUGGGCCACCGAGCUGCCGUUAUGAUCUGUCCGCUGUUCUUUGGCGUUGCUCAUUUCCACCAUCUCAUUGAGAGGCUCACAAGGACAAACAAUGUAAAACUGGCUGUCAUGCAGUCUGUGUUCCAGUUUGCUUACACAACCAUCUUUGGUGCCUACUCCGUCUAUCUAUUCCUCAGGACAGGUCACUUUGUGGCGCCGUUUGUGGCCCAUGCCUUCUGCAACCACAUGGGUUUCCCUGAUGUGGCCGAGGUGUUUGGCUACAAGCAGCCACGACUCACCCUGCUCCUGCUGGCAUUCUUGCUUGGCCUCUUGUGCUGGGCAUCACUGCUGGAGCCCAUGACCCGGCCACAGAUCUACUCAAAUGAGUUGUACUACCAGUCCUUAUGACGUGCGCUUGCCAGCAAGCCCAGCAUUGUGCUCGGACGAAGAGGUGUUCAUUUCUGUGUCAUGUGACUCGUGCAAGGUUUCUCUGCUCUGCACUCAUUUGUCAACCGUCAUUUCAGCCAUUCAUCGGUGAAAAAGGAAGAACGGCGGGAAUUCACUGACCUUAUGAGCUUUGCUAUGAAGCACUUGUAUGGUUGUGGUUUUUUAGUUAAGGUUUCAAGGGCAACUGGUGCAAUGGCGGGCAUUAUCUAACCACAUUAUUUAUUGUGUAGCACGAGAUUGCAGACCUCUGUCUGAGAAAAAGCAGAUGCUGCAAAGUAAGAACUUGACAGAAGACAGUGACACAUCAACUGCUUCCAUGUCUUCAGGAACCAGACACAGUUUACAUGCGCUAUGAUUCAGUGUUCUAAAUGGAGUCGGGUUACUGUACUAUGCCACAUUUUCUUCUUCUUCCACUUUCUUUGCUAUAUAUCUCUUUAAAGUGUGACUACUGUAAGAUGUCGCCUAUGUUUGGCGCAUUGUUUAAAACGUAUAUGAGAUUGUAACAGGCAAACAUGUAAAAAGGUUUACUUCAUGGGCAUUAACCAUAUUUCUACUGUUGACCUCAUAGAUCGCUUUGUUUGUUGCAACUGCUCAUUCAUGAACAUUUGUCCUCAGUGUCACUGUUGGGUAAGAGAUUUUGACUUUCUUGAGCUCUUUGUUUUGUUGUUGAUACGUCGACUGAGUACCCAAAAGGAGCUUGUAAGGUGCACACACAAUUGUUGAAUAUUCAGUUCAUUGAGGGUUAAAGAAAAGAUGAGAGAGGAAAAAAAAACUCAUUGUUGUAUCUUAAUUCUUUAUAACUGUGAUUGUUUUGGCAGCCAGGUAACAAGGGUUUAGGCUUGUUUCUGUUGCUAACCGAAUGCUGACCAGCGCACAGUAUAUAAGUACACUAAAUGUGUCUUAUUGGCACAAAGGAAUGAUGUUGGAAUGUCCUCAGUUGUGUGUUAAGUGUGCAAACAUCGACAUGUUCAAGUAGAUUUUAGCAUUUUCAUUUUUUUUUCCCUGUUGAAUGGGAUUUAACUUUUGACAUUUUUUAAUAUCUUAGGCACCGUUUGUAAAUAACAGCAGCUCUCUGAAUAUGCUGACAGAUAUUUUGUUAUUUCUCAUAAAUUCUGCUGUCAAAAUUUCCUAAAAUGGCCUGCUACAAAGAACACUUAUGAAAGCCCAAGAUUCCUUUUCCUUUCUUUCGUUCCUUCUCCAGGACAUCUUAUCAUUAACGCUGUGUGAAUAAUUUGAAAGUUACCUGUAAUAGCAGUGAAAAAUAUGUGACAUUUGACCAUCGCAUGAUGCAGUCUGUUCUUCUGGUGUGUAUAGAUGUUGUAUGCAGAGUGUGAAACAUUGUGUGAUAACUUAUACGUUGUGUAAAUUUGAAUAUUUAUUAAGCUGUUGCGUUGUGCUCAGGAGGCGCUUGAAGAGUGCAUAUCUCUUGCUGAUGUUUUUAGCAGUAUGGCCAUCAAAACUGCACUGUUGAGGAAGUCAUAUCUUUACUAUAAAAAUGUGAAAUACUAAUGCUGAGGUGUAAUUUGCAGUAUAUAUAAUUAACCAUUGCCCUUAACAUAGGUAUAUGUACCUGUACAAGUGUGUGAGAUUAACAAUGAUGUUGGAGCUCAGUGGUUAUUGCUUUCCUGAGGCAAAAUUCACCUGACAGACACAGCAGCUCUGUCAGAUACCACUGCGCACAUAUUUUGACCCCCUAAUGUGCUCCUAAAUUGCAACAUCAGAUUUAAGUAGAAUGUAAACAUAACAGCACUGAAAACAGUGAAAUGCAAAUAAGGCACAAAAGGCAUUGCUCAGGUAAUUUGGUGCGCUGUAGCACCUGUUUUAAUUUCUCAGCUUGCUGAUACUUCUACCGGCUGGGCAUUUGUAGCUUACAUCGGUGGCAGUGUAAUUUCAGUUGAAGCAUUUAAGCUAGUCAUAACAGUUGUGGCGGUUGAAAAAAAUAUUUUUAAGCAAUUUGAAAUUUGUGUGCAUUGAGUGCAUUGGUGCAUCGACCUUUGUGCAGCCUUUCUCUAAGUGCUAAGCUGGACCGGAUAUAAUGCAGUUCCCUGCUUUUGAGGACCUACAGCGGAGUAGGAAAUGGGUGUACAUGUAAACAAACUCUGCAUCAAACAAAACUUACAAGACUUUUCUUAUGGUAGCAAUGCUAGCAUCGAGAUUGACGUUUUACAGACAGAUGCACGUAGAUGGUAGCAUGUGCAUGAUUCAGUCAGCACAAAGUUGUGAGCAGUGCUUGGGGCAGCUGCCCACCACACUGCACUGGAAAUGUAGUGGCCAACCCCUUGGUCAUGAGCUUCUAAAAGCUACCUGGAUAAAGUAGUGAUAAACAUUGUUUUCCAAAGUUAGUCUUUCAAACAUUUGUGAAGCCUUGUGCAAUGUGCACAAACUCUAUAGGCAAACAUGUUCUUAUGGUAUGCUCCUGUGCACAUGUUCAGCUACAGUCAACUUACUUUCAGAGUCUUUAUUCGAUCACCACGACCACUUUUCACCAUGCUACACGGCUGGAGUGGCAUUUUAUAUUCAUAAUCCUAAAGUAUAGUGGAAAGAAAACCAAGCAACGAAAUACAAGGAGAAUACAUCUCGCAAACACCCCAUAUUGGACCACUUCAGGAAGAACAUAUGGCAGAUCAUCAUCAGCAGCAGCAGCCUAUUUUAUGCCCACUGCAGGACGAAGGCCUCUCCCUGUCUCUAAUUACCCCUGGCCUGCACCGAUUCCAACCAGCACCUGCGAAUUUCAUAAUUUCAUCGCCCCACCUAGUCUUCCGGCGUCCUUGGCUGCACUUCCCUUCUUUUGGCACCCAUUCUGUAACUCUAAUGGUCUACCGGUUAUCUAACCUAUGCAUUACAUGACCUGCAUAGCUCCAUUUUUUUCGCUUACUGUCAAUUAGAAUAUCGGCUAUACCCAUUUGCUCUCUGAUCCAAACCAAUCUCUUUCUUUCGCUUAACAUUAUGCCUAGCAUUCUUCAUUCCAUCACUCUUUGCGUGGUCCUUGUCUUGUUCUCUGGCUUCUUUGUCAGUCUCCAGUUUCUGCCCCAUAUGUCAGCACCGGUAAAAUGCAUUGAUUGUACACCUCCCUUUUCAACGAUAAUGGUAAGUUUCCAGUCAGGAGCUGACGAUGUCUAUGCGCUCCAACCCAUUUUUAUUCUUCUGUAUAUUCCCUUCUCAUGAUCAGGGUUCCCUGUGAGAAAUAGACCUAGGUAAGCAUACUCAUUCACAGACUCUGGAGGCUGACUUGUGAUCCUGAACUCUUGUUCCCUUGCCCGGCUAUUCAUCAUUAUCUUUGUCUUCUGCAUAUUAAUCUUCAACCCCACUCUUACACUGCCUCUGUUAAGGUCCUCAAUCAUUUCUUGUAAAUCAUCUCCAGUGUUGCUGAACAGGAGCAUAUGUCGCCUUGAAGAAGACAAGUCCACUUGUCGAAAUGUUGGUUUCUGCUUUCACCUUGUUCUCGUUUUGCUCAUGAACAAGACAAUGUCAUCUGCAAACUGAAGGUUGCUGAGCUAUUCGCCAUUGAUCCUUACUCCUAAACCUUCCCAGUUUAAUAGCUUGAAUACUUUUUCCAAGCAUGCAUUGGAGAGAUUGUGUAUGCUUGUCUGACCCCUUUCUUUAUAGGUAUCUUCCUACUUUUCUUGUAGAGAAUUAAGGUAGCUGUGGAAUCUCUGUAGAUAUUUUCCAAGACAUAUACGUAAGCGGCCUGUACUCCUUGAUUACGUGAUGCCUCUAUGACUGCUAGUAUGUCUACUGAAUCAAAUGCCUUUUCGUAAUCUAUGAAAGCCAUAUAAAGAGGCUGAUUGUACUCUGCAGAUUUCUCUUAUUACUUGAUUAAUGACACAUGGAUGUGAUCCGUUGUAGAGUAUCCCUUCCUGAAGCCAGCCUAUUCUCUUGGUUGACUAAAGUCCAGUGUUGCCUUUAUUCUAGUGGAAAUGAUCGUGGUGAUUAUUUUAUAUAAUACUGGGAGUAAGCUAACAGGCCCAUAAUUUUUCAGUUAUUUAACAUCUCCCUUCUUUUGUAUUAGUAUAAUGUUUGCAUUCUUCCAGUUCUCUGGGACCCUUGAAGUCGAUAGACACUUCGUAUAGAAAGGCACCAGUUUUUCAAGCAUUAUUUUUCCUCCACCUUUGAUUAAAUUGACUGUUAUUCUAUCUUCUCCUGCCACUUUUCUUCAUUUCAUGUUUUACAAGGCCCUUCUAACCUCAUCACUAGAUAUAGAAGAAGUCUCUGCAACCUGCUCAUUACUGCUUUGAAUGGAGGUAUCGUGGCUCCUCUAGGUACUGUGCAGGUCAAUACAGAAUUCUUCUAGUGCUUGUUUUCGCUACUUAGCUUUGUAACGAGACAUGAUAGAAUGCUUUUAUCUAUGGAUUCAGCCUUGCGUAGUUUAACCCAUGAAAUUGUAGCAGCCUUGCUGCUGCCUCGAAAGCACCUAACACGAGUUCAUUUAGCAGCAGCCAUUUCCUGAGCGGCUGUCCAAGUUGUAAUGGCAGCCACAAGGUUUUCAAUGAGGUACGUUGCGUGAGCCAACACUGUAUGCAGCGAAUAGGCGUCGUAGGCAAGCACCGCACCCUUAAAAAAAUUUCAGCAGGACUCGUCUCAUGAUGAAUGUUGACGUUAAAGUGAUUAGCAUUGAAGCAUUGUAGCGACGCGCUGUAUUGCCACUGCCAAAUUGAGUCAUCUAAGAGUGCAAAAAGCUGGGCUCCUAUCUUGCGCUUCCCUCUGGAUGUACUACGUCAUAUUCCUCCACAAAGUCAUACUAGAUACGCCUCCGUAAAUACCUUGCAUAGCAUGUGCGUGAGUAUGCAUAUUUAGACAAGGUUGCCUGAAUAUAUAUGAUGCGAAUUCAAUUCUGCCCAGCACCGGAUAAAUCUUACAAUCCUUUUCUUUCUUUUCAUUUGAGAGCAGUGCAUAUCCAAUGGCACAUACUAUACCUAGUUACACAAGUUGGCAUUAAAGAGGUUCAUUCAAGAGCAGCACAUACCCAGUGACUCGAUUUGGCAUGAAAAAUGCUCCUUGAAAAAUCAUCAAAACCCAAUCAUCCAAGUUGCUGUGAACAAGGUUUUUGAACUGCAGGCACAAAUAAAAUUGGCUCCAAUCCAAUUGAAGAGCAGCAGGCGCCCAGCGACCUGAGGUGGCGUGAAAGAGGUUUAUUGAAGAGCGGCUCGUACCCACUGACCCAAGUCGAUGUGAAAGAGGUUCACUGAACAGCAGCGUGUACCCAGUGUCACAUACACAUAACCCAAGUUUGCUGAACAGUUGGUUUUGCACCCGUUUCCCUCAACACAGUAGCUUGAUGUUCUACCCAUUAGACCAUGGACUACCCAGUGGCCCCCGUUACAUACAUAGAUAAGACAGACAGUCAGACCCAGGAAUUCACACGAAGUACAAUAAGAAUGCUAAUCUCAUUAAAUGUGACACACAUGCUCAAGGACUGUAUAGGUGUCGUUGCAGGGUAAAGAGAGAUAUGUUAGACGAAUGUGACUAACGAGACUGAAGAUUCAAUUAUUAUUUAUUCUGUUCUUAAAAAACAAAUUUUUACAUUCUUGGGUAUAUGCUUGGCCAAACUGUGAAACAGAAGUAAGAGCAUCAAUAAAUCGCUGUUUGAUUGUCUUAAGUACAUUAUAGUGUUAUCUCAAAAAGUACCACUCAUUUGAACCUCAAUAUAAAGAAGGGAAUCUAAAAUGUCUCUCGCCGAUAGCAUGUAACAAAUGCUUGUAACGAUUAUUGUAUAUAUCAAAGGCACUUUUCUCCUUGAUGUGACUUCAUUUUAACUAGGUUUGUUGCUGCAUUCCAACGUUUGCCUUCUGAGAUACUAAGUUCCUAGCACGAAAAAUUGCGCACCUCGCUUAGGUCAAAGGUUCAGUACAUUUCUGCAUAUACUCAUGUUUGUAAAAACACGCAAGAUGUGCUUCUAUGUUUAAAAAAGUAAAAGGAAUAGACUUUGUAAAUCACAGUAUGGUUUAUCAAUCAGGUCAAGUAACUGCCAUAAUUUGCAAUGCUGCCCCAUUUUUCACUUCUUUGUGAGUUUUGAGGCAGAGCUUCCUGCCCAGCUGGUGCUGAAUGGAAAGACUGCUUCCAGAGGCGAUGCACAAAUACUGCAUUCAAUGCAUAACAUGCCAGCAAAAAUGGAAAGCUGAUAGAGCUUUCUUCACAUUUGCCAGUCAUUCUCAUCUUAUGAUCAGUCACUCACCACCGUAAUUCAGGGUACCUUCCAAGUACCUAUAGGAAAAUUAACCUAGGAUGGCAGAACACUGCACUUGUCUUUUUGUACUACUUUGAGGCUAGCUGCCAUUAGUACAAAUUGUACCAAAUGUCCUAUUCCAAACGGAAUGUGCAUCACAAGGUUAGUGUGGUUGGUUGUAGUACCAUGGUGCUGCCAGUAGAAGGCACCAUCAUUCGUGGUCAUACACGAUGGAGCUGACUUCACCGGAGUAGUUAAAGUGGCUAAACAUUGAUUGCUCAGACACUUUGGUUGUUGAGCUACAAUGCUGGAUACCUGAUACGUCAUAUAAACGUGUUUAAUUAUGUGAGCACACUGAUCAUGCACUGACAGUUUUACUGCUUUGCUGGCCUGAUUGAAAGGACUACGCAAUUGAUGGCUGGUGCAGACUAGGUAGCGAAAAUUAUUUGUCGGGUCCAGGGUCUGCUUCGAAAACCUGUAAUGAUACGAUUCGUGUCUGUACAUAUAUUUUUAUACAUUAAAAGCGAUGUUAUCUGCC